CAGAGGAGGCGCAGCCCGAGAUGGCGGGGGUGCUGAGUGCGGAGCGGCUCGAGGUCUCCAUCGACGGUCUCACACUGAGCCCGGACCCGGAGGAGCGGCCUAGCGCCGAGGGCGCACCGCUGCUGCCGCCGCCCCCAACGGGGUCUGAGCCCGAGGCGGCGUCGGAGAGGCGGCAGGAGGCCGGGGAGGAUGAGGCGGCGGCCGAGGGCCCGGCCCCGGCGGCGCCUCCAGCCCCGGCUCGGGUGACAGCGGCGGACGACUCUCUGUGCUUGGAGGAGUUCUGGGGCUUCGGCCUGGAGGAGCUGUACACCCUGGCACUCCGCUUCUUUAAAGAUAAAGAUGGCAAAGCAUUUCAUCCAACUUAUGAAGAAAAAUUAAAACUUGUGGCACUAUACAAGCAGGUUCUUUGGGGUCCGUGUAAUCCAGACACUUAUCCGGAGGUUGGAUUUUUUGAUGUCUUGGGGAAUGACAGAAGGAAAGAAUGGGCAGCCCUGGGAAAUCUUUCUAAAGAGGAUGCUAUGCUAGAGUUCGUCAAGCUGCUAAAUAGAUGUUGCUAUCUGUUUUCAACAUAUGUCACAUCCCAUAAAAUAGAGAAGCAAGAACAAGAAAAAAGAAGAAAGGAAGAAGAGGAGCAAAGACGUCGGGAAAAGGAAGAAAAAGAACGUUUGCAAAGGGAGGAAGAAAAACGUAUUCAAGAAGAAUCUGAAAGGUUGAAAAGGGAAGCAGAAGAAAGGAGGCGAAUAGAGGAGGAGAAACUGCGGCUGGAACAGCAGAAGCAACAGAUAAUGGCAGCACUAAACUCCCAGACUGCUGUGCAGUUCCAGCAGUACGCGGCCCAGCAGUAUCCAGGGAACUAUGAGCAGCAGCAGAUUCUCAUUCGUCAGCUGCAAGAGCAGCAUUAUCAGCAGUACAUGCAGCAGUUGUAUCAAGUCCAGCUUUCGCAGCAACAGGCAGCAUUACAGAAACAGCAAGAAGCAGCAACAACUGGAGCGUCUUUGCCUGCAGCAUCAAAGGUGAAUGCAGCCACAUCUGGUGAAAUGCUCUCUGUUAAUGGACAGGCCAAACCUCACCCAGAAAACUCUGCAAAAGAACUGGAACCAGAAAUUUCAGAAGAAGUCCUAGAGAAUGGACCAAAAGACUCUGUUCCUGUAAUAGCCGCACCUUCCAUGUGGACGAGACCUCAGAUCAGAGACUUUAAAGAGAAGAUUCGACAGGAUGCAGAUUCAGUGAUCACAGUCGGCAGAGGAGAAGUAGUUACUGUUCGAGUACCGACCCACGAGGAGGGCUCUUACCUCUUUUGGGAGUUUGCAACAGACAAUUAUGACAUUGGGUUUGGGGUAUUUUUUGAAUGGACAGAAUCUCCUAAUACUAACGUCAGUGUGCAUGUCAGUGAAUCCAGUGAUGAUGACGAAGAUGAUGAAGAAAACAGUGAAGAAAAAGCCAAAAGGAAGUCCAACAAACCUCAGCUAGAUGAAAUUGUACCAGUAUAUCGACGAGACUGUCAUGAGGAAGUAUAUGCUGGCAGCCAUCAGUACCCAGGGAAAGGAGUCUAUCUCCUUAAAUUCGACAACUCAUAUUCUUUAUGGAGAUCAAAAGUAGUCUACUACAGAGUCUAUUAUACUAGAUAAAGGUGGUGUUACAAUGUUAUUUGAGGCUUGGGCUGGGCAGAAGAUGUCCUUUUAUUUGGGAAUCUCUUCUAACAUUACAGAGCAUUAGUGUCAGUGUUUACCCCAUUUGGUUUUGGUCUGACAGUCUGUGAACUCUUGAGAGUCAAAAUUAUCCUCCCCACUCCCCCAAGACUCCUUUUCAUUAUUACAAGAAUUCUUUGGUGUUGAAAAGGGAUCUCCAGACUCAUCCAGCACUUAAGGGUUAACCAAGAGAGUCACUGAUGGAUGGUGCUUAAGUUAAAUUAAGUGAGUUAACUUAUGUUAAGUCCCUCAAACCCUACUAAGUGAAAUGCCCCAGUGUGAACCUUCUUUAGUUGAUGGUUAGUAGACUGUUGACUGCUCCAUGUGCUUUGUGAUUGCGAACAAUUUGAAUUGCCUUUUAAUUUGAAGUCCCUCUGUUAAUGGACUAUAGCUAUGUUUUGAAACAUCCUGGUUUUUUGGUACAAUUAAAAAUUCAAAUUGUUAUCUAAAGCAAUUUUUAAGAUGAGUUAUCUUGCUUUGGUUGUGUUCUGAUAGCCCCAAAUGGCAAGACUUAGACAGAUAGACUUUAUUUUUGAUUAAUCCAAGGUAAUAUAAAGGAUUCUCUGGAAGAACUGGAUGCUUGAAUUUAUUAAAACCAGGAUGAUGAAUGAACUGUAUGUAUAGUACCAAUAUAAGUAGUGGUAGUAAGUAAAAUGUCUCAGCUGACCAGCCUCCCAUUUGUCUCAGAUUGACUAUCGUAGCAAAACGAAGUUAAUAAAUUAUUGGCUUGAUUGGCUUUUUAUGUCAAAUAUCAAACCUAGUUUUCUACCCAAUUUAGUAACCUUGCUUUGUGUUUUAUAAAUGCAAAUUGGCACCUGGGGCAUUAAAAUAAUUUAAAUCACUUUAGUAUAAUUCAGUGUGUGGGGAUUCAUGUUGCACUGAUAAAUCACUGCCACUCCAUUUUCUCAUUUGGUAUCACUUGUGCACUAAUCCUAUGUAAUUUUACUUUAGAAUUAAGUACUAUGGAAAGUUGAAAUGGCCCAUCACAUACCUAAAUUUUAAAGUCUUCUGCCUUUAAUCUUCAUUGUCUUGUCAUGGAUGAUGUUGGAGCAUCUUGUGGUUCUCUUCAUUCAGUUCAAACAAAUAUGGAUUUGUCUGGCCCUUAUUUGUGAAAAUUAAUUGGCCAGUAUAGGGAGCCUUGGAGGAAUGUAAUAUAGACAGAUGUUAAUAUACAUUUAACAUUGUUAAUGUAUGUUAUUAAAAUAUAUGGAUUUUUUAAAAAUCACAAAUCACUUCUUGAAGAAGGAUUUCCACACAAUUCACCACCUAAUGGGGACACUUGAGUUUUGUGUAUUGGGUUUGUUUCUGUUUGAUCCUUGGUUUUGUGUGUGUGUGUGUGUGUGUGUGUGUGUGUGUGUGUACACACACACACCCCUAUAUAUUUCUAACUUUUUCUCUCAUUCACAGACUGGGUUUUUUUCUCCUACGUAGCUGCACAGUGCUUAAUUUGGAGGUUUUGUAUUUGGUUCAGAAACGUAGUACCAGCUUUUGGCUAUCAGUGCUGUUACACCCAGAACAUUUUUAAGGCAGUCUGCUCUCUUGUACAUACAGAAUGUAAAACUGUUGGGUUAGACAGUUCCUUGCUUUUUUUUUUUUUUUUUUUAAUGAGAAAAAAAAUCUGUAUUAAAAAAUGUAAAAUAAACAUUUAAAAAAAACAGACAUUAAUAUAUUUCUUCUAGGAUAUGGUUACAGAUUUUGACCUUGUCUACAUUGAGGUUAUUUCACUCAUAGAAGAUAUUGUUCUUGGGAGCAGCAUAUAUCAUUUUAAAUGGCAACAGUUCAUGAAGUGUUCUAAGCAAAAUUUUUUGGUUCUAAACUUUUUUUUAUUCCCUUUGGCUGUUGAUUAGAACAGUACAAAUGCAAUUUCAGAAAUACUUUAAAAUAAUAUAUUUAAUCAAUUAAAAUACAUUUACUUCUAACUGCUUGACUUUUUUUUUUUUUUUUUAAAGAUAUGGUUGUUUUUGGAAGUAUUAGUACUGUAUUUCCCUAUUCAGGUAUGACAAAAAGAAAUGUAAUAAAGGGCCUUUUCUGUUUUUAAGAAGGCCUACCUAGUUUUUUAAAAGAACAACACACAAAAAUAAUCUCUUUUCUGACCAACUUCUCUUUCUGCUGUAAAUUAUGCUUGUGUGUUCAAAUGGAUUUUUUUCAAACUUAUUGAUUAAAAGCACUGCCUUUGUUUAUUCAA